GCCCGGACGCCUGAGCGGGACGGACGGGCCGGCGGCGCUUCCGGCGAGCGGCGUGCGGGGCCUGGGCAGCCGGACGGGCCGGGCCCGGCCCCGCCAUGGGCAUCCUGGAGAAGAUCUCGGAGAUCGAGAAGGAGAUCGCCCGCACGCAGAAAAACAAAGCCACUGAGUACCACCUCGGCCUGCUGAAGGCAAAGCUUGCAAAAUACAGAGCUCAGUUGCUAGAACCUUCCAAAUCCUCAGCCGCUAAAGGAGAAGGCUUUGAUGUGAUGAAAUCUGGAGAUGCCCGGGUGGCGCUGAUCGGUUUUCCUUCCGUGGGUAAGUCCACGUUCUUGAGUUUAAUGACCUCAACUGCCAGCGAAGCUGCGUCUUACGAGUUCACAACCCUGACAUGUAUCCCGGGCGUCAUAGAAUACAAAGGAGCCAACAUUCAGCUGCUGGAUCUGCCUGGAAUCAUCGAAGGAGCAGCACAAGGGAAGGGCAGAGGCCGGCAGGUUAUCGCUGUGGCCAGGACAGCAGAUGUUGUCAUUAUGAUGCUGGAUGCCACAAAGGGUGAAGUACAGAGGGCCCUGCUGGAGAAAGAACUGGAAUCUGUAGGAAUCCGGCUGAACAAAAGCAAACCAAAUAUCUACUUCAAGCCGAAGAAGGGUGGAGGUAUCUCCUUCAACUCAACCGUCACGUUGACUCAGUGCUCUGAGAAGCUGGUGCAGCUCAUACUCCAUGAAUACAAAAUCUUCAACGCCGAGGUCCUUUUCAGAGAGGAUUGUUCCCCUGACGAGUUCAUUGAUGUGAUUGUAGGCAACAGGGUCUACAUGCCGUGCCUCUAUGUUUAUAACAAGAUUGACCAGAUAUCUAUGGAGGAAGUGGAUCGUCUUGCUCGGAGACCCCACAGUGUUGUAAUCAGCAGCAGUAAACAUGGAGAUGUUCCUGGUGUUUUGCAGCUGUGGCAUGAAGCUGAACCUGGAUUACUUGCUGGAGAAGCUCUGGGAAUACCUGGCGCUUACCUGCAUCUACACCAAGAAGCGAGGACAGAGACCAGACUUUACAGAUGCCAUCAUUCUACGGAAAGGGGCCUCUGUGGAGCACGUGUGCCAUCGGAUUCACAGAUCAUUAGCCAGCCAGUUCAAAUAUGCCUUGGUGUGGGGGACAAGCACAAAAUACAGCCCUCAAAGGGUGGGCUUAACCCAUAUGAUGGAGCAUGAAGAUGUCAUUCAGAUCGUAAAGAAGUAACCGUCUUUGCUGGUGCCUGGCCUUGUCUUUCGUCACUAGAAUUGGAACUGACCACGUAAAAGCAAAACAAAACAAAACAAAAAUAAAAAAAAGAAAAAGGGAGAUGUGUUCUACAGCCAGGAAAGCUUCUGUGAAGCUUCUUCUCUUGGAGAAAGGCAGAAAAUGAGGCUGCUGUGCUUGCAGGUGGGGAGGGGAAAGAUGGGUUUCCAUCUUGCAGCAUUUUGGGUAAUGUUUCUUAAUAGGAAAAAAAAAGCAAGCCAGUUCUAGGACACAGUUCUCCCAGCCAGCAAUGUCCUGCCCCAGUAGGAUUUGCACAUGGAUCCAUGUGUUAAUCCACCAGUGGCUUAACGAGUGGGAAGUUUCUGGGUUUGUGCUUUGGCACAGGGAAGCCAGGGCUGAGAGAACAUUCCCGAGGCUUUGCUGCGUAUCUGUUCACUUGAUUUAAGCCUUGAUCUGAAACAGAAACAACGUUCUCCCUCCCCUGCUUACUGGACACGUUGUCUCUGCAGCUUUCACCGUCGGAGACUUCAGUCUCUGCGUCUGAGACAACCCCUCUGAAUUUAUAAUGGUCCCACCUCAAUGAAUGUUAAACCCUGGCGCCCUGUGCCUCUCCUUAGCUCUGCAGUAGGUUUGUAGGACAACCUGGUCCGACUGGCACUGAGAAAUGAAACUUUCUUAAUGAAUGAUUCAUCUGGCCACACUGCAGCAGGGUACGAUGGAGGAGCCAGAGGCUGCAGUGAGGAUUCACUUCUGGCGUAUCGCUUGUCGAGGAGCUCCCUUGGGAGUUUCCUCUUUUUCUCUUGUCCUGCCUGUUAGUCCCCGAGAGCGUUUCUGGGGAUCUGCCUCUUUCUCAGUCAUGCCCCUAAAUUCCAGUAACCGCUGCAAGUACCAUCCCACGUUGUGGGUUUUACCCAGCCCUGUUAAACAUUGUUGCUUGUCUGGGUAUUUUUCAUCAGAAAUCUGGGAUUUUUCAUUGAAUACUGACAUUAAAUGAUUCAGAGUGCCUGAUAGAGAACAGCUCUUUCCUUCUGGGAUCAAGAGUUGCCGAUAGCUUUUAUUUUCUUUCAUUGAAAAAGGCUUUGGUCUGAUGUGGAUUCUGAACUGUGAGGACAGGUCUGAUGGCAAACUUGUCUGAGCAGAGCUCCUUCCCUCCUGCGUGCUCCUCCCCACCCCUCCCAAACCCAUCGAGUAGAAAUGGAAGGAUUAUUUUAUUUGAGAAAAUAAAAGUUGCUAUUUCAUGUGAA